GACUCACCGAUUCAAUGUUUCGUUUCGUUUCGUUUGAUAGCAAUAAAGACCUACAUAUUAUAAUACAACAGAACUUCUCCCACCCUUUCUCAAAUCCAUUAUUCUAUUCUUCUCUCCUAAUCCUAUAUUCAAUAUGAAGUUCAAUCCUUCCGUCUUUUUGUGUCUGAGCCCUCUUCUUCCAUCAACAUAUGCAUGGGGAACGUUGGGCCAUCAAACGGUUGCUUAUGUAGCUACGAAUUUUGUGGCGGAAGAAACUAGACAUUAUUUUCAAACGCUGCUGAAAAAUACAACGGAGAGCUAUUUGGCAGGGGUGGCGACGUGGGCUGAUAGCUUCAGAUAUACUAAGGCGGGGAAGCAUACAGGCGUUUGGCAUUUUAUUGAUGCGUUGGAUGAUGUACCUAGGUCUUGUGGAGUUAAGUUUGCGAGGGAUUGUGGGGAGGAAGGAUGUGUGGUCGGAGCUAUUUUGAAUUUUACAAGCCAAUUGCUCGACCCAAAUGUUGUGAGGUAUGACAAAUAUAUUGCUGCAAAGUUCAUCGUCCACUUUGUCGGAGACAUUCACCAGCCUCUUCAUGCCGAGAAUAUCGAUAUGGGAGGAAAUAAUAUCGCUGUAAACUGGACUGGAAAAGAUACCAAUCUUCAUCACGUUUGGGAUUCUUCCAUCCCCGAGAAACUUGUUGGGGGCUAUUCAAUGAGCGAUGCUCAAGACUGGGCAAAUGUGCUAACAUCCGCGAUUAAAAAUGGUAUAUACCAAGACCAAGCAAAAUCAUGGCUCUCGGGUAUGGAUAUAAGUGAUCCAUUGACAACGGCCCUAGGUUGGGCUACAGACUCAAAUGCUUUUAUAUGUACAACGGUCAUGCCAGAUGGAGCAGAUGCGUUACAGGGAAAGGAGUUGAGUGGUGAGUAUUACGAUACAUCUGUGCCAGUUAUUCAACUGCAGGUUGCAAGGGCGGGCUAUAGGUUGGCGGCUUGGUUAGACAUGAUUGUUAGUGGUAUCAAGACAGAGUUGUAGUGGCAUCCUUAGGUUUUGCACUUUGAGAAAAUUAUAGGACUUUCAGAGGGAGUAGAAUAUUAUAUUGUUAAUGAGAUUGGAAUAAAAGAUUGGAAUAAAUCA